CAAACAUUCAACCCUUCUGUUUGCAGAUAUAAAGCUCUUUGGAUCUCCAGCACAGCUUCACUGAUAUCCCAAUAGUGUUGCUUUAAUCAUUUCAAUCAUUUUUAAGGACUGUUUGAUCAUUCAGCAUGAUUUUGGUAUUGGCAAUUUUUUGUUGUAUGUUGUUUAGGACCCACGGUUUCAACACACAACAUCCUAUUGAACCGCAGUCAGACUUUGAUCUGGUGAAAUUUGCAGGAGAAUGGUACCGGGUUGGACUUGCAGAUGAGUCUACCUUUUUCGCAAUGUUCAAAAGCCAGCUAAUGGUUUCAAAAGGUUCCCUUAAACCAGAUGCCAAUGGCAAUGCGAAUCUGACCAUGUGGACAAUGAGACCAUAUGGAUGUUCUAUCAGUGUUUAUACAUAUGAGAAGACAGAUGUUCCAGGAGCUUUUACUUACUUUAGUAAUAGACACAAAAUAAUAAAAGACAUCACAGUGGUGGAGACAAACUACACAGAUUACAGUUUGGUCCUUAAAUAUAAAGGCAUGGAUAAAGAGUACACUCAGUUAGCCCUGUAUGGGCGAUCGGCCACACCAACACCAGAGGUGAUUGAGAAAUUCAGAUCCUUUGCAUUGACACUGGGAUUUUCUGAAGAGUCCAUUGUGACCCCGGGAGCCAUUGAUCCCUGUCCCAUGGAGUCAAGCCAGCUGCGGACCUUUGGUUACAUAUACUCAGUUUUGUUACACAUUUGGGGAGCGGUGUUUGUUAUAACACAAACAAUCAUUGAAGAAAUGCAACUAUAUAACAUCAGCAGUGUAACACAGAUUGCGCCACAGUCUUAAACCACCAGGUGACGCUAUUGUAACAGGACACAAUCAAGACCGAAGCCACUGUUUAAACACUUUUUUUGUUUUUAGUGUAUAACUUUUUGUGAUACUGUAUAAUUAUUACCAUGUUUACAUGUCAGGUUAUUGUGAUUUAUUUACCACAGCAUUUUCAGGUCUCGGGUACCGUAUUGUUUUUACAAUUAAAAGAACCAAAUUGCUGUAAAAGGUCACACACCUUAACUAACCCACACUUAAUUUACCUACGUUGUUAUUAACCUGUCUUGAUACACAACAGGUUC